GAGGAAUUGGCAAAAGCUUGAUAUUUUUCUCCUCUUUUCUUAUUCAAGAACAAGAUUUGGGGCCUAGAACUCCCUCUAAAGCCAAGGAAUUUUCAGAUCUACAGUUGCUCCCUUCCCCUGUCCGCGAGCUGCUCUUGCCGUUCUUUGCGAAUCCUGUCCCUACCAUACCUGCCAGAUCUGGUUCUGCUUGUCAUAAAAUUUUGGUAAGAUGAUAGCUUCCGAAGCGAAGCCAAGGACGGGGAAAAACGAGAGGAGUGACGAGUUAGAAGGCUAGCCAUCUUGUAAAUUGAACAUAGAUUUAGAUAUAAAUCAUGAUCUUCCAUUCUCGAUUCUGCUCUUCUUCUUCCCGCUGCAGCCACCCGAAGAAAAAAGAAAGGGAACCCAGCCAUGCCUUGGAAAACUAAUGAGAUAAGCUUGGUUUUCUCCUUCCUUUCUUGCUCUAGAACACAUCUAGAACCCAGAAAUCUUCCCCCCCUGCUGGAAAAGCCGGAUCUGCCCUGCUCUGCUUUGUCCUUCCGUCGGCUGCUCUUGAUUGUGGGUGAUUUCUGGGGAUUUUUUUCGGUAAGAACAGCCUCUAAUUCCUUUGUUCUUGCUUGAAUUGGCUUGGGUUAACUUUGAUUGCUCUUAUUUCCUUCAAUUUUGGGUAAACCCGUGAGCUUCCCCUACACUUGCCGCCGGCUUCUCUCCCCCUACAGCUCCAGUUUCUACAGCUGGAGAAUUAUGGUUCCCGAUCGUUCUGUCAGUUAGCACUGAGAUUGAGUGCUCGGUUUUAUGCGAGUGAGGUAAGUAAUUUAUGGUAAUACCCGUACUGUUUUAAAAGCAUGUUUUGAUUUGUUUUUGAAAUGGUGGCGGGAUUAAACCCGUUUUACACGAGCAUGAUUGAUUUGAAGUGAAAUGUCUUAUGCUUUUCAUUAAAUUGAGCACCCCUACUUGGAAUUUAAUUGAUUGUCCUGAUGAUCUGAAAGUGAUUGGUAAAGUAUGAUUUUUCUGUUAACUUCUGCCUGUUUUGUCUCCGAUAUGGUCAUGUAUUCGUGUGCCCGCUAGUGGGAGGUUUAUAAACGCUAACACAUGUCGACAUGUUAUUGAUAGAACCGGUUCGUUUGAGUGACCCUGCUAGUGGGGGUUAUACACCAGCAAAUCGUGGCCUUGCUAGUGGGGAUUAUACAUUGGCCGUGACCUAUAGAGGAGACGUCUAUUUCGUGCCCGUACUGUAUCCGUUUUUCGUGAUUGUACUUGUUGGCAUGCUUUAAGUUUGAUAAGGGGCACUCCAUAUUUACUUACUGAGUUUAUCUCAUAGUUUUUCCUUGUCCACCAUUUCAGGAUAUGAAAUCGAGGACGGGGAAACCACGGGAAGUGACGAGUUAGAAGGCUAGCCAUAUUGUAAUUGGAUAUAAAUUUUAGAAAUAAAUCAUGAUCUUGUAUUUGGAGAUUUAUGAUCGGAGAAAUCUUAUAAUUUGAUCUUCAGAUUUUGAUGGUAUUAGAGUGUGAUAUGAUAAGUUCCGAGUCUUGUGCAUUUGUGGGAUCCGUCUCAUGAGUGCACGACGUCUGUCGCACCUCGAAUUUGGGUUUUGGGGUGUGACAGCUUUGCUAUUGAACUGAAUAUGAUUCUGCAUUAACGGUUUGUCAUUGAACGUUUUGCUAUUGAACUGAAUCUGAUUCUGCAUUAACAGUUUGUCAUUAAACACUUUGCUAUUGA